AUGAAUUCAAUGAAUAAUCAUGUUGACUCCGAACAAGAGUCAGAAAAACGAAUUCUUGACGAGUUUAAAAAUCUUAGUAAUGAAGAAGCUCACGAGCAUGUGCAGCGACGUUUAUUAGCUUUAAAACGUAAUGUAUCUACUCCAAAAGCACCAGCAGAUUUUUUAGGAUCUGAUAAUCGUGAAUCUUUGAUUCCGUUAAUGCAAAAUACAUUGCGUGGAAUUCUUGAAUCAAUGAAUGAUAGUCGUAAAGAAUGUUAUAUUUUUGAUGUCAUGCCUGGUAGCGAGACUCAAGUGGACUGGUUUCUUGCACAAGAAUUAGAAAAAUAUAUUGGGAAACGAGAGCAUCAUUUAUAUGUGAUAGAACAAAAUAAAAAAUUUUUAGAUUCAUAUAAACAGAGAGUGAAAUCAUACUCUCAUCUAAAAUUAGGAAAAACUUAUGAUAAAAAGGUUAAAGAUUAUUAUCAGAAACUUCCAGAUGCAAAACCUAUGGAUUUUAUUAUUUGUAUGGAUAUAUGUUUUUUAACUGAUUAUUAUGAAAAAAUUGGUCAUCCGGAGAAUGAUAUUAUUGAUUUCGUCAAGUUCCUUUAUGGUUUGUUGAGACCUGGUGGCGCUUUAUUCCUCACCUACUUGGAUCUCGACAGUCCAUUCUCUCAGAUCAAUUCUAAUUACUUUAAAGAAAAAGAGAAAGAGAAUGAUGGAGCAACUCAAAGAAUUGCACAAAUUACUAAAGCACGAGAAGAAUUAUUAUAUAAUGGAAAUAUCGUUAAUCAUUUAAAUAAAUUAGAUGAAUCGAAGAAGACAUGCCCGAAAGUUGAAUCUCAUAAACUUUCUACUUUUUAUUAUGCUCAAAGUUUGGCUGAUGUGGCUGUAAUGAGUUUGGAUGGAGGAUUUUUAAAAUAUAAUAAGGGUAAGUUUGAUUAUAACCACUUAGAAUUUGUGGUAAAUAAGGUCAGGGAAGUAGCUUCUACAGAUGUUAACAGGGGUGAAAAAAGAGAAUUUGGAUUAUGUAAAGCCGAACGUGGUAGAGAUCCUUUAUGGAGGGUUGAAAGUUUACAAUAUGCUUGCAUUAUUCGCAAGGAAGCUAUUAAUUAA